AAUGAAAUACUGUAGGCGUUGUGUAUAUAUUGAGAAGUGUCUCUGAAUUUACGAAAACUCAAGUUUCAUUUCAUUUUCCUCUGAUUUCGACAGUCGAAUUCAAAAAUGGGAUUCCUUCUUGGGGUUGUUCGGUCGCUUCGCCAACGUCGCGAGGCCGCAGAUUCCGAGAAUAGUAGUUUCAAAGAAGCAACUCAUAAGGAUUUGUCUUCAUCUUUUGUUGAGCAUCAGAUGCACAUUGCUCAACUCUCCGAAAGAUUCUUUCACUCAAAAAUUGAUAUCGUUGAACCAAAAAAAUCGAAGGGAUUGACAAAACAAGAAGCUGCUCAAAAACUGAAAACCGACGGAAAAAAUGCUCUUUCGCCACCAAAAACUAUCAGCAAUAUGGAGCUGUUUGUUCGUCAAUUUAAAAAUCUUCUUUGGGUUCUCAUGUUCGGUGCAGCUGCGCUUUGUUUCUUGACCUACAUCUAUGAUCCAACCGAUGCUUUGAAUCUGUACGUCGGAAUUUUCAUCGUUGCCAUCGUUUUCAUCAUGUGUGUUGUCUCGUUCUUUGAAGAGAAAAAGGGAGUCGAAGUGGUUCGAGCUUUCCAAACACUUAUGCCAACUUCUUGUCAAGUGAUAAGAGAUGGAAAAGAGAUACUCUUAAAUCCCGAGGAGCUUGUCGUGGGUGAUGUUGUAGUUGUUCGUUCUGGUUGCAAAGUCCCAGCUGAUAUGAGAAUCAUCGCUUGCACUGAUUUCUUCUUAGAAACAAGUUCAAUCACCGGAGAAGCUGAACCAUUGGAGUUCCAUUCCAAAACUGCCGACGCUAAAACUUCAAUUUUCGAAUCUUACAACAUUGCUUUUAAUGGAUCAUUCUGUGUUGACGGAGAGGGAUAUGGUAUCAUCAUUCGUACCGGAGAGAACACUGUUAUCGGACAAAUUGCUUCUUUGACUCUUGGACAAAAGGACAAGAAAUGCAAAUUUGAGACUGAAAUCGAGCGUUUCGUUCAAUUUAUCACUGUUAUGGCAAUCACCAUGGCAACUGUCAUCUUCACAAUUGGACUUCUUGUUAAUGGGGGAAAUGACGUCAUUCGUCUCUUUGUUACUGGUUUCCUUAUGGUCAUUAUUGCCAAUGUUCCACAGGGAUUGCCAACUACCGUUACCACUGAACUGACCAUCAUCGCCAGAAGAAUGGCAAAAAAGAAUGUGUUCUUGAAAAAAUUGGAAAAAAUCGACAGUGUUGGAGCAACAACGCUUAUUGCUUCAGAUAAGACCGGAACUUUGACCAAGAAUUGCAUGACUGUCACCGAUUUGUGGUACAAUAACUCAUAUAACAGCGCAAGACCAGAGAACCAAGGACGUACCACAAAGAAGAGAAAUCUGAAUGCAAUCAACACAAUUGGAUGGUACGACGCUCCACUUAAAGAUAUUUUAAGUGUGAUCUGUGUCUGUAACAAAGCGAGAAUCGAAAAUAACUUAACGACCAAAGUUCGUCCACCAAGAGUUGACUCCGAGUUGGAUUUGACUGUCUACAAGUCUCAACCAGUAAAGGAAAUGUUGAUUUCGGGAAAUCCAUCUGAAGUUGCACUCUUGAGAUACGCUUCGGGAAUGUUGGACGCAAUGGAGGUCAGAGACAGUUUCCACGUGGUUUUUGAAGUUCCAUUCAAUUCCGUCAGAAAAUAUCAUUUAAUUUUGGCAACAACUGAAGCCACUUGGGCAGAGAUCGAUGAUAAGAAAAAGGUUAAUGCUGAUGUAGAGUUUAUUUUGAUGAUCAAAGGAGCUCCAGAUGUUCUCAUAAAGAGUUGCUCAACAAUUAAUAUUGAUGGAGUUCCAAUGGAAUUGAAUGGAAAGAGAAUGGACGAUUUCAAUGAAGCUUACGAGACAUUCGGAGAUGAAGGUUGCCGUGUUAUUGGAUUUGCUUGUAAGAAAUUCCGUGCUCCAGCAACAUCCACUUUCUCUAUCAAAUCAAAUACUAUUCCAAUGGAUAACUGGGAUUUCUUGGGAAUGAGUGCUAUUAUGGAUCCACCAAGAGAUGAUACUCCACGAGCAAUUAAAGCUUGUAAGGAAGCUGGAAUCAAAGUUUACAUGGUCACAGGAGAUCACAAAUCAACUGCAACUGCAAUUGCUCGUCAAAUUGGAAUGAUCGACACUGAAGAAGUUACCAACUUGGAUCACAACCGUCAAGUGAUCAGACGAACAAAUUCACAAGAUUGGGCUGUUAUUACCGGACCAGAACUUCCUGGAUUAAGUGAAAAACAGUGGGAUGCACUUUUGGAACAUCGUUAUAUUGUCUUUGCAAGAACAACUCCAGAACACAAAUUGAUGAUUGUAACAGAAAGUCAGAAGAGAGGAGAAUGUGUAACAGUUACCGGAGAUGGAGUCAAUGAUGCUCCAGCUCUAAAGAAAGCCGACGUUGGAGUUGCUAUGGGUCUUGCCGGAAGUGAUGUUGCAAAACAAGCUGCCGAUAUUAUUCUUCUUGACGAUAACUUCUCCUCAAUCGUAGCUGGAAUUGAAGAAGGACGUCUUCUUUUCGACAAUCUCCGUAAAACUAUCGCUUAUACUAUGACUCACAUGUGGCCUGAACUCGUCCCAGUAAUGCUCAACUUCUUCUUCGGAUUUCCACUUGGAUUGACUCCAGUCCAAAUCCUCUCUAUUGAUCUUAUUACUGAUAUCCCACCAGCUGUAUCGCUUGCCUACGAAGGACCAGAAGCAGAUAUCAUGUUGCAGCCACCACGUAAAAGAGAGACACAUCUUGUCACAAAAGGGCUUAUCACUUACACGUACCUCUUCAUGUCAAUCUUCAUUUCGGUUGGAGGUGUCGUUGCAUAUCUUCUCUCAUAUUAUCUUAAUGGAAUCUACCCAUCGGAGCUUGCAUUCUCUUCAAACGACCAUUUCAAAGUUGGAGCAAGUAACUUCACUACAUACAACGGAGUCGUACUGAAUGCCGAGCAACAAGUCUUCAUGGCUGCUCAAGCAGCAGCAGCAUUCCAUAUUGCUGUAGUUGUUGGACAAGCAUGGCAUCUUUGGAUGUGUUUGACUCGUCGUGUUUCAAUCUUUGUUCACGGAAUGGCUAACAUUGUUGCUAUUCUUGCAGUCAUCAUUGAUCUUCUCCUCAUCUGUCUUUUCACAUUUGUUCCAGGAGUACAAUAUGUCUUCGGAUCCCAACCACCACCAUGGGAGUGCUGGCUUGUCCCAGUCAUUGUCGGAAUCUGGAUCUGGAUCUUCAACGAACUCCGCAAAUUCGGAAUUAGAAACUAUCCGAAAAACAAAUUGGUUCGAUUGGUCAAGUGGUGAUUGCAAAUGGUCUCAUGUAUAUAUUAAAGUGCUUUAUUUUCAUUUAUCGAUAUUUUUCUCCAAGUAAGUUAGGAACAAUGAAUGAUUUUCUCUUGCU